ACUGGGCACACUUGCCAUUAGUCACUUUUUUACACAAUAAACCAAAAUUAUGCGAAUUUGUAAGCGCAUUUUGGCAGCUUUAAAUCAGAUCGAAUAGAAUUAGAAACCAGCAAGCCAUUGAAAAAACGCGCAGAAGGUUUCUCCAGGCAAUAGCAAAGCAAAAGCCGUAUUUUAGACGCCGUGACGCACCAAAAAUCGAUUGCCCAGGGAAAACAAAAGGGAACCCAGACAAAGAUUACACUGAUUUGGAUUUUAUUGACCCGGGGCAGCGCAGAUUGUUGGCAGAUAGCUGAGCGAGCGUUUGGUCAUUAAAAUGGGCAUCUUUGGGCAGUCGUCGCCAUUCGACGCCGACGUAGAAAAGGCCACCAGCGAGACUAACACCAACGACGACUGGUCUCUGAUUCUGGAUGUCUGCGACAAGGUGACAACAAAUCCUCGACAGGCCAAGGAUUGCCUUAAAGCGGUGAUGCGCCGAAUGGGCCACACUGAUCCUCAUGUGGUCAUGCAGGCGAUUACACUACUGGACGCUCUGUCCAACAACUGCGGAAAACCGCUUCAUUUGGAGGUGGCUUCACGGGACUUUGAGACCGAAUUCCGCCGGCUGCUGCUCAAGGCGCAGCCCAAGGUUUCGUUGAAAAUGCGCCAAGUGCUCAAGAACUGGGCUGAUAACGACUACAAGAACGAUCGGGAACUCGACUUGAUACCCGCCCUGUACGCCCAGCUGCGCCAAGAGGGCCACGACUUCAAGAAUCUGGGUGAUAAGGGCAACAAGACGGUCGCCGAGAAGGCCGCCGCCUUACCCAAGGAUCCGAAUGUGGUCAGCAGCCAGCAGGAGGAGGACGACAUAGCCAAGGCCAUCGAACUGUCGCUGAAGGAGAACAAGGGCAGUCCCAAGACCGGGAGCGGAGCAAGUGCUGGCCCCGCCAGUACCUAUCCCUCGUUGUAUCCUUCCUUCGGUGCAACCACCUCUACUGCCCCGAGCAGCGAUGCCAAUGCCACUUCUGCUCCGGAACCGAGAAAGGUUCGCGCUCUGUACGAUUUCGAGGCGGCGGAGGAGAACGAACUGACCUUCUUCUCAGGCGAGAUCAUUCAUGUGCUGGACGACAGCGACCCGAACUGGUGGAAGGGGUACAACCAGCGCGGCGAGGGCCUCUUCCCUUCGAACUUCGUCACUGCCGAUCUGUCCGUCGAUCCCGAACGUCUGGACAUCAAUCAACAGCAUAAGACGGCCGCCGCUGCCGGGCAAAGAGAGUUGGACUCUGCUGCGGCGCUGCAGCAAAAGACUGAAGCGGCAGCAGCUGCCGCCGCUGCUCAGCCGGUGGAGAUCGACGAGUCAAAGAUCGACCGGCUGUUGCACUUGCUGCACGAGGCCAAUCCCGAGGAUCCCUCGCAGGACAGCAACGAGAUGCUGCAGCUGGAGCAGGAGGUCCAUCAAAUGGGUCCGCUGAUCGAUGCCGAACUUGAGCGUGUAGACCGCAAGCACGCCCAGUUGACGCAGCUGUCCAGCGACCUUGUGGACGCCAUCAACCUUUACCAUACCCUGAUGCGUGACGAUAGGGUUGCGGCUGGACAGUUUUCCGCCGCUACUGGUGGCUUUAUGCCUGGACUGGCUGGCUUUCCGGGUGCCGCUCUCUACGGAUCUCCAGGUUACCCCACUCCGGGUGGUUUCCCUCCGACCCAAAACUACCCGGGCAUGCACUCGCUGCCAUAUGGCCCCGUAUCUAACCCUCCCACUGGACCUCCAUCGCAGGGUCCUGGAGCUCCUGGUGGUUAUCUGGGACAACCGCAGGGACAGGUGCCACUUCCCUAUCAGAAUGGUCAUGCUGCACAGAUGAAUUCGCUGCCGCCCCAUCUUACUCAGCCCGCUGGUGGUGCACCCGGUCCCCAGCCCCUCUACACUGCUCAGCCCAUUCCUGUGACCAACCAGCAGCAGCCGAUACCCCAGCAUCCCCAGCAGCCACCGCAACAUCCCCAGAACAGCUACCACAUUGAGCAGCAGUCGCAGUACGCCCAAGUUCCGCCAGCAAUCCCACAAAUCCAACAGCCGCAGCAGCCGUCAGCUCCCCACGCCUACAUGUCGCCACAGCAUCAGCAGCCACCGCCUCCACAAGGAUACCAGCCUGGACCUAAUCUGUAUGCACCGAACGGAUCGCCAGCCGUCAACCCACAGAGCUACAUGUCACCACAGCAGCAUCAGCAUCAGCAGGCGCAACAGCAGCAGCAGCACCCACCACUCGAUCAGUUCGGUCAGCUGCACCAGCAAAUGGCCGCCAUGUCCAUGGCUGGGGGGCCGCCUGUUGGGGCGCCUGGCUAUCACAUGCAGAACGAUGCUGUCAAAAACAACAUUCCUAUCUACCAACAGCAGCGGUAAGACCGCUGGAAUAAAAUAGAGCCCUUCACCUGGUUUGCUUUAGUUUUCCCCAAAACGAAGUUUUCCUCCUGUCUUUCAAAGGGAUGUACUUUAAUUUCGUACAACUUGUUGAUGAACAAAAGUUGUCAAAUCUCUUCUAUGAAUAUUUUGUGAGGGCCGAGAGAAGCAAUUGUCAGUGAACCAAAAAUUUUGACUAUCCUUAAAAAGAAUGAAAGAAGCCAAAUUAAUUUAAAAAUUGUUAUCCCUCACAUUUUUGGUUUUUUAAAUUUUUUAUUACAUCCUAUUUUGGCCUGAGUGUUGUGCAGCCAAACAAUAUGUUUUAUGGAAGAAAGAUAAUCGAUAUAUAUAUACCAUAUAAAUAUUAUUCUAUAUUCAACACCAUGUAUAACUUUGUAUUUAGUGCAGGAGAGAUAACUAUUAUGUAAUAUGUUUAUUGUACGGAUUAUGAUAUGAUAAAAAUAACGAAACGAAUCACAUUCAUUAAAACCAUUAAAGUAUACUAAGAAAACAA